GAAAGGGGCGGGCGGCGGGCGGCGCCGGACCCAACGCGCCUGCCUUUCCCCCUUCCCGCCCUGCCGCCACCUGCAGCUCCGGCUUCCUCCGCCUGGCGUAACUCUUGCCAUACCUGGCGAGGCCACGUCAGGGGCUCCCGCUCCCGGUUCCCGCCACGGCCGGUCGCUCGGAUCCUUCCGCGCCAUGAUCUCCGCUCGAGGCGGGGGCUCCAUGCCUCCGCCGCCCAACGCCACUGCCUAUUACCCCCCGCCCCGCGUCAAUCUCCCCUCCGGCGUGGAAAUCCUGCGCACUUACUCGGGGGCCUUCAUCUGCCUGGAGAUCCUUUUUGGAGCCCUUGUAUGGAUCCUAGUAGCGGCUACAAAGGUUCCUUUGCCUCUGCUACAAGGCUGGGUGAUGUUUGUAUCGGUGACGGCCUGUUUCACCUCCAUCGCCUUCCUUUCGGUCUUUCUCUUCAGCUAUCGAGAGAGAAUUGCCAUCGACUGGAACCGUUUGGAUUUUCUUUACCACGCAGCCGUCUUUGUCUUCUACUUUGGGACCUUCUUACUGCAAACUGCAACAACAUCUUUGCACAGUCACCCACUGAAGACCACCAAUUUAAUCUCAAACACCACCCAUGGAGCACUUCUAAAUAGCCAUGAAUAUAAUUUAAGCAUAGCAGCUGCGAUUUUUUCCUUUGUAACAACGGUGUGUUAUGGAUGCAGCACCACCCUGGCUUUAAGAAGAUGGAAAUUAUAGCAUCGGAAAGAAGCCACCAGUUCCGCUAUAUGUUAGCUGAUUUUGCUCAAAUCUCAAGCAGAGUCCAACUUGUCCAUCAGAUAGGAGUGGCGUUCAAUGUUUUGGAAUACUUUUGUCGUUUUCUAAAAGCACUUGAGAUGUACACACAUCCAACCCAUGCCAUAAGUACAGUAUAUUUACUCUCGGGGGUGGUGGUGGGAAAAAAAUCUGUGUUUAUGUUGAGAUUGUAUCGCAGCUGCUAUCUCGGUUCAGCAGCACCAUUCCCAUGUCCCCAAAAGUGGGUGUAGUAUUAAGAACCAAGCUCUUAGGAGCAGUUACAGAAGGGAUUAUUUAUCAGUUUGGGAUGCAACAAAAUUCCUAGCUCGACAAGAGGCAGACAUAGCAAUAGUGGCCUUUGUGUAUAUAUAUUUAUAUUCUUUCUUCAGUGAGAAUAAGGUAGAAAUUUCUGUUAAAACAGCAGCAACUUUGAUCCUCGUUUUCAGAUGAAAUCUUUUGCUUUCUUCCCCACGCUGAAAUAGCUCUCUACCAACAGCAUGGAGGGCCCCGAAAUAUCAUCCAUUGCUCCACAGAAUUUUCUCAGUGGCCUACAUUUUUCUCCUUCCUUUCUUCCCGGGGUUCUUUUCUGUUGUAAUGUUUUAAAUAUGUCAGCUGCGCAUGAAACAUAUUGUGCUGACGGAUUCUGCUCAGCCAAUGUUUUCAGUUGCUAGGUUGAUCUUCCCAAGAACAUGGUGUCUAUUACUUACAACCCGCCCCUCCCUCAUCCCACAGUAUUACAAUACUAUCUUCAGCGGACAAUUGAAUGUUGGUGCUCUGAUGGUUAUAGGAGAAAUAAAAGCUCUUAGCAAAUGUGCAAUGUAUCGCAUACAUGCAAUCAAGAAAGACAGCGGUAGACAUGAUUAAUAUUGCAGGUAAAGAUAAAGGGUUCCCUGUUAGUAUGUCCAAUUCUAGGACACGACACUCAUCUCCGUUUCUUGGACAAGGGAGUCAGCAUUGCCCAAAGACAAUUUCCGUGGUCAUGUGGCCAGCAUGGCUAUAUGCCAAAGGUGCACUGAACUCUGUUAUUUCCCACCAAAGUGGUACCUAUUUAUCUACUUGCAUUUGCAUGCUUUCGAAGGAGCUGGAGCAAGUAACGGGAGCUCACCCCAUUGGGUGGCACUCGGGACUUGAACCCAGGCUGUACUUCGUAUUGCUGGGUUGUUGUUUUUUAGCUAAAACCUGCUUUACGGUCCACCAUGCCCAGGUGUCUUAAUUUCAGCAGGAUUGACAUGGGCUGCCAAAUUUCAGGAUUUAAUUAUCCCUUCCAUCAGCCUUCUAUCCUUCCAAGGUGGGUAAAAUGAGGGCCCAGAUUGUUGAGGGCAAGAGGCUGACUCUGUAAACUGCUUAGAGAAGGCUGUAAAAGCAUUAUGAAGCACUAUAAGUCUAAGUACUAUUGCUAUUGCUAUCCCUUCCUAGGCCCAAAAGAUGGUGAGUUCGGUUCUCAGAAUCGUUCACAGGUACCAGAGUGCAACCUCUGAAUCUUAGGCCAGGCUAUAUUAGUAUUAUUUUUAAGUGCAAGGAAUAUAUUCACCUUUAUUCUUAAAUAAGAAAACAUGCACACAAUAUAUUUUUAAUUCCUAAUUCAGGAAAAUAAACAAGGAUGUUUCUCUUAGGUUUCCCAUGUUACCCUGUAACUUUGACCUUACCCAUUCCCCAUGCACUACCUAGCACAGGGGUCUCCAACCUUGGCCACUUUAAGCCUGUAGGACUUCAACUCCCAGAAUUCCCCAGCCAGCAAAGCUAAAGUCCUCCAGGCUUAAAGUGGCCAAGGUUGGAGACCCCUGACCUAGCACAUGUUUAUCUUUCAAGAACUGCAACCCUGUGAAUUGGGAGAUUACCCGAAUUCUGGUAAUCCAAAAUAGAAUUCCUGUUUGGGUUGGGCCUCUGGUGGCUCAACAGGCUAAUGCAGUCUGUUAUUAACACAGCUGCUUGCAAUUACUGCAGGUUCAAGUCCCACCAGGCCCAAGGUUGACUCAGCCUUCCAUCCUUUAUAAGGUAGGUAAAAUGAGGACCCAGAUUGUUGGGGGCAAUAAGUUGACUUUGUAUAUAAUAUACAAAUGGAUGAAGACUAUUGCUUGACAUAGUGUAAGCCGCCCUGAGUCUUCGGAGAAGGGUGGGAUAUAAAUGCAAAUAAAAUAAAUAAAUAAAUAAAUAAACCUUACUAGCAUUGCACAAUAGAUUAAUACUAUAAGUUUUAUGCUGAUACUCAUGCAAGCCAGGUCAUGUAAGGAUCCUAAACUGUCAAUAGAAGUGGACCCUUUUACAAAUACUGUUGUAUUUGUAAAAGGAUCCACUUGUUGUGUCUCUGUUGAAAGAAUAAUUUGUAGCAGGAGCAAAUAUUUCAUGUGUUUAGGUUCUGCCUAAUCAGAAACUAAUUAUACCUUUGCUAGAAAAAUAUGUUUUCAUAAAAGAUUGUUGUGACUUAAAAAAAAAAGGUCCAUCAGUGAAAUGACAAACUAAUGUCACAAUUCAUUUUCCAUUGGUGUAGUAAACCUGAAAAAUGUUGUGGUCAUGUGUUUGAAGUUUAUGUGCCUAUAUGCAAGGGAAACAUGAUUUAUUCAGUAACAGUUUUUAUCUAAAAAUUUGCUAGUGGGGCAAGUUGAAAAAAAUAGACGGACUGCCCAUCCUAAGUGUCGUUCACUGAUGCAAGUUUUGCUUGUACAAAUAUUAAGAAUCUGCAGUCCAUUUUUAUAACUGGGAAGCAAAAGAGAGCCAGCCUUCCUUCCUUCCUUCUUUCCUUCCUUCCUUCCUUCCUUCCUUCCUUCCUUCCCUCCUUCCCUCCCUCCCUCCCUCCCUCCUCCCUCCUUCCCUCCCUCCCUCCCUCCCUUUUACUCUAAACUCAUAUUUUCUAAUUUAUCAUAUAAACUCAUUUAUUUAUCAGCUUUAGAUGUAGAAGCCAAAGAAGCUUCUUGUUUUUAUUUUAGCAAAACGACUAAUAUUUUAGAAUGUUUCCAAUGCAUUUGUUUUUGCUUAUGUAAAUGUUUGUGCUUAAUUGUUCUGGAAAUUUCUUGGCUCCUUCUGAACUUCAGGGUUUUUACAAUUUUAUAGUUGAAGUUGUAUGCUCUGUUUCAUUUUUCACAAUUCAGGUUGUGGGGAAAGAUCAUACCAUUAGAUUAUUGUUCGAUGCCUCUCAUAUACCACGUUUUCUGUUAUAUGAUCGUAAGUUGCUAUUAGGGGUAAAAAUCAAACUUGAACCAGACAAAGAGCACGUAAUGGCAGAUCAGGUUAUUGAAUAGGAUGCGUUUUGCUUGCAGUCUGGUUGUGGAAGAUUGGUUCAAAUUCAACUCACAAAGUGGUUUUAAUGUGCUGUUUUUCCUAUUGCAAAUAUAUGACUGCUAUUAAAGGGGAAUACAUUUGA